AUGGCUGAAAUCCCGCAAGGUUACUAUUCUGGCCCCGAUGAAGAUGAAGACCUAGAAUCUGAGAGACCUAAACUGCCUAGGUCUCUUAAAAUUGCCAAAGACGCCGAACCAGACAACCUGGCAGAGGUAGGCACAGAGCAAUCUGUAGAGACUGACCAAGAGCCACAGCCAGAGACCGAGGAAGAGGACUUAAAAGAGGGAGUUCCAGAGAGUGCUAAAAAUGUAGACCCACGCCCAAAACCAACCACCACAUCUGAGGAAGAGAUUCCCAAGGAGCCAGAGAUAGACCUUUCUAGCGAUCCUGCGCCAGGGAUUUCCCAAGAGGUAAAGUCGGAGACAUACAGAGAGAUGGAAGAAGAACCUUUAGAGGAUUUGGAGGUCCCUGUGGAUGAAAAAUGUGAGGAGCCAGACCUAGAGCCACCAGAAGAGGCCAAACCUCUUACGGAGGAUGUACUCAUAGAAUCAGCGAAAAGAACAGAUCUAGAACUACGAAAGGAAACCGAGUCUGAUGUUCCAGGGACCACAAUCAUUGAGACAAGAUUAGAGUUCCUGGAGGAAACCAAACCAGAGGUUACAGAGAAACCACUUGGAGAACAAUACACAGAGGCAGCUCAAGAUCCUCCAGAGCAGUCUAAACCUGAAUUUCCAAGUGAGAAACCAAGAAAAUCCAUUGAAGAGAUAGAUCUACAGCCACCAAAAAUGACCAUACUAGAGAUCCCAGAGGAGACACACAGAAAGUCACCUGAGGAGAAAAGGACAAAGCCAUCUGAGGAGGCCAAAUCAGAGUCUCCAGAAAAAACAAAGUCUACUGAGAAGGCAGUGCUAGAGCCUCCAGAAGAGAGGAAGCUAGAUGUUCCAGAGGAAAUGCAAAAAAAAUCAACUGAAGAGAAAGAGACAGAGCCACCCGUGCAGACUAAACGAGAGUUUCCAGACCAGAAACCAAGUCAGUCUACUGAGGAGACAAAAAGAAAGUCAACUGAGGAGAAAGUUCCAGAGUCACUAGAAGAGACCAAAUCAGAGUUUCCCGAGGAAAAAUCAAGAAAACCAACUGAAGAAACAGGUCUAGAGCAAUCGGGGGAGACCAAACCAGAAGUUCAAGAGGAGACACAAAGAAAGUCAACUGUGGAGAAGUUUCUAGAGCCACCAGAGUAUACUAAGCCAGCAGAUGAAAAAGAAAAGCAGAGAAAAUCAACUGAAGAGAAAGGACCAGCACCACCAUUGAAGUGCAAAUCAGAGACACUGAGAGAGUCAACUGAGGAGGAAGGUCUAGAGACACCAAAACAAACUAAACCAGAGUUUCCAAAGGGAAAAACAAGAAAAUUAACUGAGGAAACGGGUCAGGUGUCACCACAGAAGACCAAACCAGAAGUUCAAAAGAAGACACAAACAGAGUCAACUAAGGAAGAUCUAGAGUUACCAGACAAAGCCAAACCACCACUUAAAAGAGAGACAGAGGUAGAAUUUGCCAAGGAAGAUAUGAAAGAACCAGUCCAACUUAAGCAUUCUGUAGACAAGGAUGAGCUGGAGUACCCUGACUCUAAAACAACAACGUCAGUAGAAAAAACUAAAAAGGCUACAAAAGGCUCUGUGUUAGGGUCUCGCUCAAUAAACAACAGAGACUCAAUGACUUCAAAUUAUGAGUUUGCUGAAAAAAAACAAGAACUGUAUGAGUUUAUUGAUACCAGUAGUGAUUUCUAUUUCUCAGAGUCUCAGAGGGAUUUAAGAGAAUCCUUUAGUGAAAAGAAAGUUGUAGAUAUGUCCCCAAAGUUGGAGAAGAGGGUAGGUAAAGAAACCCAGCCAAAAAAAAGUAGUGAGCUACAAUUUGAGUAUCUUAAAUGGGACCCAGAGAAUGUUGCAGAGUGGAUUAGCCAGCUAGGCUUCCCUCAAUACAAGGAGUGUUUUACGACAAACUUCAUCAGUGGCCGAAAACUCAUCCAUGUAAACUGCUCAAACCUCCCUCAGAUAGGGAUAACAAAUUUUGAAGACAUGAAGGUAAUUUCUUGGCAUACUCGGGACCUACUGAGAAUUGAAGAGCCAUUAUUCAGUCGCAGCAUCAGCCUUCCCUACAGAGACACUAUCGGCUUAUUUUUAGAGCAAAAAGGUCAUACAGGGGUAAAAUCUGAUUCCUUGAUGUUAUCUGAAUUUGUGCAAGCAGCAGGAUUACAGGAUUAUGCUCCACAAAUAACUGCCCCUGAAGAAAGUGAGGCAUUAAAUUACACUGAGCCAUAGAGAAAAGCCAUUUCACUUAGCUUGAAAGAUGAAACUAAGUUGCUUGUAGGAAAAACUGUGGUCUUAUGGGUUUUUAUUUUCUCCUCUUUAUUAAGGAUCUGAGUUAGAACUGUUGGCUCCGUUACUAGUCUUAUCACUGACUCACAGCACCUCCCCUUUGUUUGUGUUUCAAUUUAGCCCCUCAUUAAAACAAAGAUAGCAGUGCUUCUCUUUCUGGGUAAUUGUAAGAAUUCCUGUUAAAUUCAAGUAAUGCAUCUAGUAGUAGGAGCAUGUUGAGGAAAUAGAAUUACAAGUGAAAUCUCUUGCUAACCUAGAUAAUCCUCUCCACAAGUGCAGAAAAAGAAACAGUUUAAUUAUUGAAUCAGAACUAAAUCAGACUGUGAUGCACAUCACAGACAAGCCACAAAAGAGACUACAAAGAUAAGGAAAUCUUACCCUUUCAUAUAGCCAGGCAGAUACAACCCUUAACUUACAUGUUAACUAUAUGUACCCAAAGGAAAAAUAAAACUUCUCAUAUCUCUAUGACAAAUAGGAAGUCAUUCCUGGGAGCCAAGUAUUUAGGCUAAAUUUGCACAGAGUCGGGAAAACAAGGUAACAUCCUCCUGGAUGCUCACAUUUCAAAGAGAUGGCUCCAAGGCCCCUCAGAAAGACAAGUCAUGGGAUGUAAAACUGGCAGGUGGUGAGAAAGGAAAGAAGGGAGGGAGAAGAAAAGAUGGUGGCAUGAGAAGUGAGGCAGAAACCUCCUCUCAAAACCACAUAUAACACGAAAAUACAGCAAAUACAACUAAUUCUGAAAGAGUGACCAGAAAGAAGACUGCAAUAGACAGCCUACAUCUGGGAAAAAGAGAAGACUUCACAGAAAAGGGUAAAGUAGCAAAGCUGUAAUCCAGUGGGACCCAAGCCUUGCUCCUACCCCAGCUCACAGGCAGGAUGAAGAGAAAUGGAGCAGGGAGGGAGUAGAAGCCCAGGACAGCUAAACACCCACCCAUGGAGAUCCACUCUGGGAGCACGAACCCACAUUACAUGGUGCUCUGGAGAUUAGUGGGGUUGGAAAGCAAAGACACGUAGAAUACCCAGAGAGACUGAUUCCAACCACUUGUGGAAAACAGGGACCCACAACCAGCCACUCCAGGACUAAAGAAAGUUGGGCACUUUGAAAGACUUCCCAACACAAAGAGGGGUACUAAAGGGGCAAGAAUUACACAGAGCUUGCUGCACAGGAGAAAGGUCAGGUGGACGAAAUCGUCCCAGCACAACCCAGCAGGUUGGGGAUGUUCAGGAGCCUCAAGCAAUCCAACCCCCUGGCUGGCGAUGCAGCACCAAGAUGCCCCACUUCAAUAUUCAGCCUGCUGCUCCUCCCUCCUGGCUAGCACAAAUUUUCAAACCUGCUGCCCCCGCUAUUGCACCAGGCCAGCCAGAGGGUGGCCCCACCUAUGGCAGCUACAGGGACAUAACACAGAGGGUCCUCCCUGCACACUGGGCCAACUGGCCCUGGCAGUGGAGGCAGGCACUGCAGCCAGGUAGCAGGAAAGAGCUCUUGCCUCCCAUCAGGCACCAGUGCCACUCACCUGUGACCCUCACCAUCACUCCAAGUGCUGGGCAGAUCCAGAGAAGAGAGCUUCUGAGUACUAGAGGGCAGGGCACUGCCUACACAAAGUUGUUAUCCCAUAAUAAUCAUUAGAAAUAUGAAACGGCAAAAGAAUCUGGUACAAACCAAAAUCCCUCAAACACCAGAAAAUGGCAUAAGUGAAAUGAAAAUCACUAAUCUUCUUGACAAACAGUUCAAAAAAAAAUCAUAAACCUGUUCACAAAGCUACAGAAAACUAUUCAAGGUCUCAGAAAUGACUUCAAGAAAUAUAGAAACUUUGAAAAAUACAGUAUCUGAAAUGAAACAUACAAUGGAGGGAUUUAAAAGCAGAUUAGAUGAGAUAGAGGAGACAGAAAAUGAAAUAUAAAUUAGAGAACAGGAAUAAAAAGAAGCUGAGGCACAGAGAGAAAAAAGAAUCUCUAGGAAAGAAAGAAUAAAAGAACUAUGCAACCAAUCCAAACAGAACAAUAUUCAAAUUAUAGGGUUACCAGAAGAAGAGAGAGAGAAAUGGAUAGAAAGUCUCUUUGGGGAAAUAAUUGCUGAAAAAUUCCCCAAUUUGGGGAAGGAGGUAGUCUCUCAAGCCAUGGAAGUGCACAGAUCUCCCAACACAAGGGACCCAAGGAAGACAACAUCAUAACAUUUAAUAACUAAAAUGGCAAAGAUCAAGGAUAAAGACAGACUUUUAAAAGCAGCUAGGGAGACAAAAAGGACCACAUACAAAGGAAAACCCAUCAGGCUAUCAGACUUCUCAGCAGAAACCUUACAGACCAGAAGGGAGUGGCAUGAUAUAUUUAAUGCAAUGUAACAGAAGGGCCUCAAUCCAAGAAUAUUCUAUCCAUCAAGAUUAUAAUUUAAAUUUGAAGAAGGGAUUAGACAAUUUCCAGAGAAACAAAAGUUGAGGGAAUUUAUCUCCCAAAAACCACAUUGUAUUUUGGAGAGACUGCUAUAGAUGGAAGUGCUCCUAAGGAUAAAUAGCUGUCACCAGGGAAAAUAAAACCACAGUAAGGGAAGUAGACCAAAUAAUUACUAUGCAAAUACAAAAUUAAAUAAACUACCCACAAAGCCAGUCAAAGGAUACACAAAGAGCACAGAAUAUGACACCUAACAUAUAAAGAGUGGAGGAGGAAGAAAAAGAGAGAAAAAAAAGAACCUUUAGAUUGUGUUUGAAAUAGCAUAAUAAGCAAGAUAGACUGUUUGAUAGUAAAGAAGCUGCCCUUGAACCUUUGGUAAUUCCAAAUCCAAAGCCUGCAAUGGCAAUAAGUACAUAUCUAUCAAUAAUCAUGCUAAAUGUAAAUGGACUGAACACCAAUGAAAAGACAUAGAGUUAGAGAAUGGAUAAAAAAGCAAGACCCAACUAUAUGCUGCCUACAAGAGACUCACUUCAAACCCAAAGGCAUAGACCAAAAGUGAACGGAUGGAAAAAGACACUACAUGCAAAUAAUAGGGAGAAAAAAGCAGGAGUUGCAGUACUUAUAUCAGACAAAUUAGACUCCAAAACAAAGAAAGUAACAAGAGACAAAGAAGGACAUUAUAUAAUGAUAAAGGGGUCAGUCCAACAAGAGGAUAUAACUAUUAUAAAUAUCUAUGCACCCAACACAGGAUCCUCUACAUAUGUGAAACAAAUACUAAAAUGAUUAAAGGGGGAAAUAGAAUGCAAUGCAUUCAUUUUAGGAGACUUCAACACACCACUCCAAAUGACAGAUCAACCAGACAGAAAAUAAGGAGACGAAGGCACUGAACAACACAUUAGAACAGAUGGACCUAACAGACAUCUACAGAACACCACCCAAAAUCAGCAGGAUAGAUGUUCUUCUCAAGUGCACAUGGAACAUUUUUCAGACUAGAUCACAUACCAGGCCAGAGAGAGAGCCUCAGUAAAUUCAGAAGGAUUGAAAUAGUACCAACCAGCUUCUCAAUCACAAAGGUAUGAAACUAGAAAUAAAUUAUGCAAAGAAAAUAAAAAAGGCCACAAACACAUGGAGGCUUAAAAAUAUGCUUUUAAUUAAUCAGUGGAUCAAUGACUAAGUAAAAACAGAUCAAGCAAUAUAUGGAGACAAAUGAAAACAAUAACAACAUUGCAAAAUCUGUGGGGUGCAGCAAAGGCCAUUCUAAGAUGGAAAUAUAUUGCAAAACAGGCUUACCUCAAGAAAGAAGAACAAUCCCAAAUGAGCAGUCUAAACUCACAAUGUAACUAGAAAAAGAAGAACAAAUGAGGCCCAAAGUCAGUAGAAGGAGGGACAUAAUAAACAUCAGAGCAGAAGUAAAUAAAAUUGAGAAGAAUAAAACAAUAGAAAGAAUUAACAAAGCCAAGAGCUGGUUCUUUGAGAAAAUAAGCAAAAUAGAUAAACCCCUAGUUCAGACUUAUCAAGAAAAAAAGAGAGUCUACACACAUAAACAGAAUGAGAAAUGAGAAAGGAAAAAUUACUACAGACACCACCAAAAUACAAAGAAUCAUUACAGAAUACUAUGAAAAGUUACAUACUAGCAAAUUGGAUAACCUAGAAGAAAUGGACAAAUUUCUAGAAAAAUACAACCUUCUAAGACUGACCCAGGAAGAAACAGAAAAUCUGAACAAACCAAUUACCAGCAAUGAAAUUCAAUCAAUAAUCAAAAAACUACCCAAGAACAAAACCCCCAGACCAGAUGGAUUCACCACUGAAUUUUAUCAGACAUUUAGAGAAGACCUAAUACCCAUCCUCCUCAAAGUUUUCCAAAAAGUAGAAGAGGAGGCAAUACUUCCAAACUCAUUCUAUGAGGCCAGCAUCACUCUAAUACCAAAGCCAGGCAAAGACACCACAAAAAAAGAAAGUUACAGACCAAUAUCCCUGAACAUAGAUGAAAAAACCCUCAACAAAAUAUAGCAAACUGAAUUCAGAAAUACAUCAAAAAGAUCAUUCAUCAUGAUCAUGUAGGAUUUAUUCCAGGGAUGCAAGGAUGGUACAAUACUUGAAAAUCCACCAACAUCAUACACCACAUCAACAAAGAGGAGGACAAAAAUCACAUGAUCAUCUCCAUAAAUGCUGAAAAAGCAACAAAAUGCAACAUCCAUUCAUGAUAAAAACUCUUAUCAAAAUGGCAAGUACCUCAACAUAAUAAAGGCCAUAUGAGAAAAACCCACAGCAAAUAUCAUACUUAACAGCAAAAAGCUGAAAGCUUUUCCUUUAAGAUCAGGAACAAGACAAGGAUGUCCACUCUCCCCACUUUUAUUCAACAUAGUACUGGAGGUUCUAGCCAUGGCAGUCAGAGAACACAAAGAAAUAAAAGGCAUUUAGAUUGGCAAGGAAGAAGUGGAAGUAUCACUGCAGAUGACAUUGUACAUAAAAAACCCUAAGGAAGCCACCCAAAAACUACUAGAACUUAUGACUGAAUUCAGCAAAGUUGCAGGAUACAAAAUUACUACACAGAAAUCUGCUGCAUUCCUAUACACUAAUGAUGAACUAGCAGAAAGAGAAAUCUGGAAAACAGCUCCAUUUACAAUUGCAUCAGAAAGAGUAAAAUACCUAGGAAUCAAUCUAACCAAGGAGAUGAAAGACCUACACUCUGAAAACUACAAGACACUCAUGAGAGAAAUUGAAGACAACAAUAAAUGGAAAUUUAUCCCAUACUCAUGGAUAGGAGGAACUAAUAUUGUCAAAAUGGCCAUCCUGCCUAAAGCAAUCUACAAAUUCAUUCAAUCCCUAUCAAAAUACCAACAGCAUUCUUCAACAAACUAGAGAAAAUAGUUCUAAAAUUCAUAUGGAACCACAAAAGACCCUGAAUAGCCAAAGCAAUCCUGAGAAGGAAGAACAAAGCUGGGGGGAUUACACUCCCUGACUUCAAGCUCUACUACAAAGCCACAGUAAUCAAGACAAUUUGGUACUGGCACAAGAACAGACCCAUAGAUCAAUGGAACAGAACAGAGAGCCCAGAUAGAAACCCAAACAUAUAUGGUCAAUUAAUGUACAAUAAAGGAGCCAUGGAUAUACAAUGGGGAAAUGACAGCCUCUUCAACAGCUGGUGUUGGCAAAACUGUACAGUUGCAUGUAAGAGAAUGAAACUGGAUCAUUGUCUACCUCCAUACACAAAAGUAAACUCGAAAUGGAUCAAAGACCUGAAUGUAAGUCAUGAAACCAUCAAAUUCAUAGAAGUAAACAUAGGCAAAAAUCUCUUGAAUAUAAACAUGAGCUACUUUUUCCUGAACACAUCUCCUUGGACAAGGGAAAUAAAAGCAAAAAUGAACAGAUGGGAGUACAUCAAACUAAAAAGCUUCUGUACAGUAAAGGACACCAUCAGUAGAACAAAAAGGCAUUUUACAGUAUGAGAGAAUACAUUCAUAAGUGACAUAUCUGACAAGGGGUUAACAUCCAAAAUAUAUAAAGAACUCACACACCUCAACACCCAAAAAGCAAACAACCCAAUUAAAAAAUGGGCAGAGGAUCUGAACAGACUCUUCUCUAAGGAAGAAAUUCAGAUGGCCAACAGGCACAUGAAAAGAUGCUCCACAUCUCUAAUUAUCAGGGAAAUGCAAAUUAAAACCACAAAGAGAUAUCACCUCCCACCAGUCAGGAUGGCCAACAUCCAAAACUAAGAGCAACAAAUGCUGGCGAGGAUGCAGAGAAAGGGGAACCCUCCUACACUGUUGGUGGGAAUGUAAAUUAGUUCAGCCAUUGUGGAAAGCAGUAUGGAGGUUCCUCAAAAAACUAAAAAUAGAAAUACCAUUUGACCCAGGAAUUCCACUCCUAGGAAUUUACCCAAAGAAUACAACUUCUCAGAUUCAAAAAGACAUAUGCACCCCUAUGUGUAUCGCAGCACUAUUUACAAUAGCCAAGAAAUGGAAGCAACCUAAGUGUUGAUCAGUAGAUGAAUGGAUAAAGAAGAUGUGGUACAUAUACACAAUGGGAUACUAUUCAGACAUAAGAAAAAAGCAAAUCCUACCAUUUGCAACAUGGAUGGAGCUGGAGGGUAUUAUACUCAGUGAAGUAAGCCAGGUGGAGAAGGACAAGUACCAAAUUAUUUCACUCCUCUGUAGAGUUUAACAACAAAGCAAAACAGCAGGUGACUCACAGACUUCAGGAAGGGACUAGGGGUUACCAAAGGGAAAGUGGAGGGGAGGGUCGGUGGGGAGGGAGGGAGAAGCAGAUUAAGGGGUUUUAUGAUUAGCACACAUAAUGUAGGGGGAUCACGGGGAAGACAGUGUAGCACAGAGAGGACAAGUAAUGAUUCUAUUGCAUCUUACUACGCUGAUGGGCAAUGACUGCCACAGGGUGUGUGGGGGAAACUCGAUAAUGUAAUGUGGAUGAAUGUAGUAACCACACUGUUGCUCAUGUGAAACCUUCGUAAGGUUGUAUAUCAGUGAUAAUCUCAAUUUAAGAAAAACUGGCAAGUGGCUUUUUGAGCUUUUCAAAAGCUUUAUAUACACCUCAAAAGCAGAGAAAAAUGAUUUGAAUUACCAGUUUUGUAAAGGAAAUAUUUUUUGAAAAAGGAAUAUGGAAUCAGAAAAAAAAAAUUUUAUUUUCAUUGUUUUAUUGUAUCAUGUGUCUGAAACAUCUGAACAAGGUGAUACCUGGGUGGUGAGGCAGCCGCUUUCUCCAGAAAAAAUUUUUUUUAAAAUUUUCUUUAGAUUUAUAUUUAUCCUUACAAACAAAUCUGUGUCUAAAGUACCAUUGACUAUGGGGUAGGAUCUGGAGUUUGUUUACAAGGCUCUUUUAUGUGGUACUUUCAAAACCUUUAUAAAAUGAAAUUCAGGCCAGACUUCACUCAUGACUGGACUGUUCAAAAGAAAUGACAGAAUAUUUCUUGUUUGAAUGACUCCUGUUCCUCUCUAUUUUUACAGACUUAACUGUUCUUUCUUUCACCAGUCUCACUUCUUAAUACAAAGAACCACUCUCAGGCUACAAUAAUCCAGAAGGGCAAUGGUGUACCUUGUCCAGUUCCCUUACACCUGAAUGAAUACGCUAAGGAAUCCAUUUUUUUUUCCUAUUGAGAGGAGAAACAGUGCCUCAAAUUAGCAUUCAUACCAAGUGUUAAUAUUUGAUGAUGAACCUAUUUUUUUUCCCAAAUUGGACUAACAGAAUUUUAUCUCGCACCAUGCAACAAUAUACCAUUGAGUUUGCCUGGUAUUUAUGCAAAACAUUUAAAAUACAAUUAUGCAAAAAGAAAAAUGUAGGUGAUUAACCUAAGACUCUAGUUGCUUAAGUGUAUAGUGAGUGGUUUUAUUCAAAAGUAGCA